AUACAAACACGAAAUAUACUAAACCAUUUGAUCAACUCGUUCACUCUAUUUUUCGUCCGAUUUCUGGUCUUAGUUUUAAACCAAGAUGCCACCAAAAAGAAAGGCAGCUGCUAAGAAAGGUGCAGGUGGCAAGAAAGCCAAAGUUGUCGUUAAAGAGGAAGAAGAGGAAGCCUCUGGAUCAACAAUGAAAGAUGCCAUCAAUAAACUGAAAGCUGCUGACAAAGGGAAGAAGAAAUCUCACGCUAUUGAUAAAGCUUGCUAUUUAGCUAGUAACACAAAUGCUCGUGUAUUAGAUGAUUAUAAUUGCAUGCUGAAUCAGACCAAUAUUGGUCACAAUAAUAAUAAGUUUUAUAUCAUACAAGUUAUUGAAACAAAUGGACAAUAUUGUGCCUGGAAUAGAUGGGGUCGUGUCGGUGAAAUGGGAGAUUUCAAAGAUAUGAUGUGUUCCACUAAAGCAGAGGCUAUUAAGUUGUUUGAAAAGAAAUUUCAAGAUAAAACCAAGAAUAAAUGGGCUAAUCGAGAUAGUUUUGAAGCAAAAACGGGCAAAUAUACCAUGAUCGACAUGGCUGGUGAUGAUGAAGAAGAAGACGAAGUUGAUGCUCCUAAGGUGGAUUUGAGUGGUAAAACAAUUGCCGAAUCAAAACUAGAUAAAGUGACUCAGAAAUUUGUGUCCUUGAUAUUUGAUUUAGACAUGUUUAAAGAGUCUAUGAAGAAGUUUGAUAUAGAUGUUAAGAAAAUGCCAUUAGGAAAAUUAAGCAAAACGCAGAUAGCAAAAGGCUUCGAAGUUCUGGACGAAAUUGAAGAAGUUUUGAAUAAAAAGAAAUCGGGUAAUUUGGUAGAACUUUCGUCCAGGUUUUAUACAGCAAUACCUCAUGAUUUCGGUAGAAGAGUACCCCCUAAAAUUGACAAUGCAGAGGCGCUCCGUCAAAAAAUGGAUAUGCUCAUGGUUUUGGCCGAUAUUGAGAUAGCACAAGAAAUGACAAAAGAGAAAGAUAAGAAAAUGGCCACGGUAAAGGGUGAAGUACCGAAUCCAAUAGAUGUGAACUAUGAAAUGUUGAAGUGUAAUCUUGAGUUACUGAAUCCAAAAUCAGAAGAAUAUAAGCUGAUAGAAACAUACACAAAUGAAACUCAGGGUUAUCGUUCAGUAAAAUUACAACAUGUCUGGAAAUGUGAUCGUGAAGGAGACGAUGAUAGAUUUAAAGCACACGAUAAAUUAGGGAACAGAAAAUUAUUGUGGCAUGGAACAAAUAUUGCUGUUGUUGCAGCAAUUUUGAAAACUGGACUUCGUAUUAUGCCUCACAGUGGUGGUCGAGUUGGUAAAGGGAUUUAUUUUGCCUCUGAGAAUGGUAAAUCUGCUGGAUAUGUGUCGUGUAACAAUAAGACUGGUAUAAUGUUUUUGAGCGAGGUAGCUCUUGGAAAGCAGAAUGUCAUCUUACGCGAUGACCAUACUUUAAAAGCUGCACCAAAAGGAUUUGAUUCUGUUUUAGCAAAAGGAAAUACUGAACCGGAUUGCAAGAAAGAUAAGACCAUUACAAUUAAUGGUAAAAAGGUUGUCAUACCACAAGGUAAACCUACAAAAUUCGCCACAGGGUCGAGUUUCAGUCAGAGCGAAUAUCUUGUAUACAAAGAAAGUCAAAACAGACUUCGUUACAUGUUGCAGUUGGAAUUCGGGUAUUAAUAAACAAUAAAAUCAAUAUAGAUGUAUAAUUAUGUGAAAAGGCAGAUCUGUAUGAAUCCCUUCGUUCGUAUUUUCUGAGGGUCCCCUCCAACGCUAUCUGGUAAAUUUGAAAAUAAUGAUCGUUUCGAAUUCCAAUCUAAAAUGUGGAAGGUCUGUUGGUAUACACCUGAUUUUUACUGUAGUUAAGUAACAGCGAAACACAACGAAAUGGAACAUCUAGAUAUGCAUUUAAAUCAGAACGUUUUGAGUUAUUCAGUUAAAUGACAUCGCGUGACAUCUUGGGAGUGAAGCCAUUUCAUUGAGAAACAAUACAAUGCAACUUAUUAUGGAAGGGACACAGCUAAAUUUGCCAUUUUAGAGUUGUAAACUUUUCCGGAUCAUGCAUCAGUCAAUUUUUGUGCACACAUAAUUGCAUUUUUCCCCAUAUAAUUAUUUUGCAUCUAUCAAGCCGUUGACCAACGUUUCAACGUUUGAAUGAUACAUAUUUUGCAUGAUCACCACAAUAUUUAUCCCUUCGUGUUUCACCCGAGAUAUUUUGUUAUACUUUAGUCUUAGCCAUUCCAUGUAUCAUAAUUUGUAAACACAUUACAAUGUUUAUUUAAAUUUGUUAUUUUAUAUAUUACAGUUACCUAGCUAUUAAACUAAGUUACUAUUACUUCUAUUUUUAAAUGUGAUUAGAAUUGUAAUCUUGUUUUUUGUUAGUGAUAGAUUUGUUAUUAAAAUGCUAUUUCAUCAUAUUUGUGCUAGAAAUAUAUCGCAUAUUGUAAUGUAAACAAUU